AUGGCGGCCAAGGGUUCGUCGAAGCAGAGAGGAAAAGGAAAAGGUUCAAAGGGAUCAUCUUCUUCGCCAUCCAAGUAUCAGCUCUUCAAGGAUUGGAGCAACUGGUCACUGAAGAAAGCAAAGGUCGCGACUCACUAUGGCUUCAUCCCACUGAUCAUCAUCAUCGGCAUGAGUUCCGAUCCAAAACCAGAUCUUUUUCACCUAUUAACUCCCGUUUGA